AUGGCUUCUUCAACGCCUGAGCUCCCCUCCAACGUCCAUGUCUCCCAACACCCCUGUCUGCGGGCGAAGCUCUCUCAGCUUCGGUCACAAUCAACACCGGCGAAAGACGUCAAGUCCCUGGUGAACGAAAUCGCAUUGAUGGUGGCAUACGAAGCACUUGCUGCCUCGACGAAAGCGACAGACGGUCCCAAGGAUGCGACCCCUCUAGGCUUCGACUUCAUCUCGACGGAAAUCACCCCCUCGCGCCUCUGCCUCGUUCCCAUUCUCCGCUCAGGUCUUGGCAUGGUAGAAGCCGUCCAGACGAUCCUCCCGACCCCGGUCCCCGUCCACCACCUCGGCCUCUACCGCGAACCCUCGACUCUCGAGCCCGUCGAGUACUACAACAACCUCCCCAACCACCUUGCCGCCGACGGCUCCAACUCGCAGGCCAGCGACCUCGCCAUCAUCCUCGACCCCGUCAUCGCGACGGGUGGCACCUGCGCCGCCGCCAUCCAGACCCUGCGCGAGUGGGGCGUCAAGCGCAUCGUCGUCCUCGCCGUCAUCGGUGCCGCUGACGGCGUCAGACGCGCCGCCGCCGAGUGGGCCGGCGCCACCGAGAUCUGGAUCGCCGGCGUUGACGCCGAGCUGACGCCUGAGGGCAUGCUGAAGCCAGGCUUGGGCGAUGUCGGCGAUCGGUUGUUUCUUACCAUUGGCAAAUAA